CGUUACACUCACACCGGGCCUCGUCUUCCUCGCUUCACCGCUCUGGAAAUUCACGCGCUAAGCGCACCCGCGAAUCUACCCACGCUAGCGGGGCCGGGCCAGAGGAUGCUGUCCGUGGCGGGGGCGGUGGAGGUUGGGGUGAAGGCGGCCGCUCCAAUGGCGGAGUGCUGAGGCGCUCGGGAAGGGAGGAGAGGGCGGUGGUUGCGGCUUCGACCCUGCGAACGAGCGAGCGGGGAUGAUUCGGUACCAGAUACGGAACGAGUACGGGCUGUCGGAUCCGGAGCUGUACGCGGCGCCGGGGGAGGAGGAUGACCCGGAGGCGCUCCUCGAGGGCGUCGCCAUGGCCGGCCUCGUCGGCGUGCUCCGGCAGUUGGGGGAUCUCGCCGAGUUUGCAGCUGAAAUUUUUCAUGACCUUCACGAAGAUGUGAUGGCCACUGCUUCUAGAGGACAUGGUUUAAUGCUCCGGUUGCAGCAGCUAGAGGCAGAAUUUCCAGCAGUUGAGAAGGCAAUUAUAUCCCAGACUGACCACUCAAAUUAUCCACAUGAUGAUGGUGUCGACUGGCAUGCUAAUCUUCAACUUAAACAGAAUAUGAUCACACAAGGAGAUAUGCCUCGCUUCAUUUUGGAUUCAUAUGAAGAAUGCCGUGGUCCACCACACUUGUUCACUCUGGAUAAGUUUGAUGUUGCUGGUGCUGGAGCCUCCUUAAAACGAUAUUCAGACCCCUCUUUCUUCAAGGCAGAACAUACCUCCAACAUGUUAGAAAUUGAUGUUUCAAUUGAAAAGAAGCCCCGUCGACUUAAGAAGAAGGCUAUACGUUGGAGGAAAGGGGCGACACUUGAAUCAUUACUUGCAAAGUCUGAAUCUUUUACUACCCCCAAGGAUCGAACUUCGAGGAAAGUUCCACCUAGGACAACAAAGUUGAAAUCCAGGCAUCCAAGGAGUCCUGACCAUAAAACUAUUAGCAGAAUCUGCAGGGAGCAUCUGCUAGAAGUAAUUUCAUCACAACAAAAAAUUUUCUCCAGAUAUUCUGGAAGGCAAUGUCAUGUGAGAUUUAGGUCAACUGACUCGAGUGAAACGGGAGAAAUGGAGAAUUUUGGUGCCAUUGUUCAGUCUUCUGGUAAACUGGAACUUACUAAAAUUGUUCCAAUAAACGAAUCCAAUACCAUGGAGAUUAUAUCUGCACCCACUGAUGGAUCAGCUUACCUGGAGCUAGGUGAUAAACAAAUUUUGGGGAAACAACAUGAACCUUUAGAAAAAAAUGGCAUGGUCCGUGACUUAGGAAAGCUGCAGGAUUGUCCAAACUUCCAGGUUGGUGAAAGUAAUCACAGCUCGCAUUCAGGACAUGAAGAGAAACACAUUUUAGCUGGGGUUCCUGCUGAUCAAGAUGCUGAUGGCUGCAGGCCUGAUGACAUUUGUAGUGAUCAAGACAACUUCAUCGACGCUCUUAACAACAUGGGCCCAGAAGGUGAAGCAGAUCCUGAAAUAGAAACUGAAUUUGAUCCCAGUGCCAACGUGGAACAGAUUGAAUUGAACCGUGACAGCAAGGAAGGUGAAGAUGCAUUGUAUGCGGAGUCCCCACAAGUAGGUCCUGCAAUAGACUCGUCACCAGGGUUCAACAGUUCAUGCAAUGCUGAAGAAGCGACCUGUAUGGACUUGCCAAGUGACUCUGCUAAUCCCGCAGUGUCAGCCAGUAAUGGUCCUAGCUCUGUUUCACAAUCUGGAAGACAAUUGAAUGAUGUUGAUUGGAUCAAAGAUGAAGAACCUUUUGAUGAUGAGGAUCUAAUGGAUGUGAGCUCAUCAUCUAGUGUAGCUUCUGUCAAUGCUGUCUUACAAACCGAUGAAGAUCUCUAUGGUUGUCAACAACACCAAGAGAAAGCUUAUCACUAUCAAAGUAGUGAUAAUGCAGCUGUUAUCCAUAGUUCUGAUAAACAUUCACCCAAGACAUCUAGUGACUUGGAUGGUACGGCUGUCGGCAACAACAAUUACACUGACGAAGUAUAUUGUUCCAUGGAGCAAGGCCAGGAUGUUGUGCUAGAUGAUACUUCUAUGGUAUCGAGCAAACCUAACUAUGUUCCAGAAGACGAAGACAAACUCAGUUUUAGGAUUGCUGAUGAUUUGUUUCCCCACCCGACCAUACCCAAUCAAGAGGAAAUACAGGAGAUGGAGAAAGAAUUGGAAGGUGGAUCUCUAGAUACAGACGCUUCACCUGGCAUACUUGCAUCAUGGCCAGAUAAGAACCAUGUUAUGUGCUUGAAUGAUGUAGAGAUGGACAAGGACAAUGUUAUCGUUCCUGAAGAAAUUGCUGCUGAUAUGGCCCCAACAGGUUUGGAUCCUCAUGACAACCAUGAUCAUCAAGAUGGAAUUGCACCAGAACAUUCAGGCAUGCGUAAUAAUCUACCGUAUGAAUCAUAUGAUGAUGAGAUUGCUGAAGAUAUGCACUCUUUACUAAACGAUGGUCUAUCAACUCCUUUUAAUAAGGAUGUUGCAGAGGAUAAUCAAAUAGUUGUGCUUGAAGGAGGGGCCUGUCCAGCUAGCCUCAACUCACACAAAGAAGAUUCUGAGCAAGCACCUGCCAUGGCCAGGAACUUAUCUGAUGUCCAAGAGUUUCCAGUAGUAAUUCAAGGUGUACCUUCUCAAGAGGAGACAGAAGCUCAUGCAGUAGAGACCCUUGCACCUGUGUCUUGUGUGUUCAGUGCUGAUACAGAACCAGUGGGGAUUAGUGUGCUUCCAGCCCCUAAUACUUCCUCUCUACCUGACAACAGUAGUUCAUGUGUAGAACAACAUGCAUUGACUGAAAUGGAAGACAUUGUGGAGGGUGGCAAAGUUGUGGUUGCAGAAGAAUCAACUACUAGCAGGUUUGCAGAUGACGUGGUACCUCCUGAAGAUUUUAUUGAUGAUGCCAUAUAUACUGAAAAAACACAGAUUCUGGCUACAGAUUCAACUGAAGAAGCCUCUAGGCAUGAUCUGCAACUACAGCAUAAUUCUCCUUUAAGGGAAGGGUUGGAACCAGUAGAAGCUACUGACAGAAAUCUUGGGGAAGUAGAUGCAUCAAGAGAAUAUAUAUCUAAGGAAAGGAUGUUGCAGACAGACAAUAUUCCUCCUCUCAAUGAAAUAGAGCCUACAGGUGAAAAAUGUAGUGACAGGGAUGAGGUUCUUUCCGCAGGACAUUUUCCUGUAGAAUCUGAUUAUCAAGAGGAAUUACUAGAGUCCAGUCAUAAUGCUGGAGUUCACUCUCUGUGUGAUUUGGAUAAGGAUUUUGCAGUAAGCCUGAAAUGUAACACCAUGGGGGAACAACCAGAGGAUGUUGACGAUCAAGAUUUGGCUUGGGGGAUGCCCGAUCAAGAUUUUACUAGUACAAACCCAUUCAUGGAUCCUGCCUACAUGCUGAGCCUAACUCAAACUUGUCCAUCUCCCAUUGUGAGUUGCCAACCAUGUUUCCCUGAAGAACAGGAUUUCCUUUCAGAACUUCUAGUGCAGCAUGACAAUAUGGGAGCAGCUGCUGAUUCCCUUUGGGAGCCUGCAACUCCACCUGAUGAAGCGCCAUUGCCAUCAGAAGUUAUGACUGAAGAAGAUUUCAGAUCCUUCUGCCGUGAGUAUCAUGAGAUAAAUUUUUCAGCUGCCGCUGAAGGUUGUCACAGUGAACCGGCCUCAGACUCUAACAAUAUUUCAAAUGCUUUUCUGGUCAGUGAAUCAGAUUUUCCAAGUUCUGUUUCUGCCUUGCCAGUGAAGUUAAACCAGGAAGCCUGUGUUCAUUCUAAGUUUGGUUCUCAAUGUGCUGAGCCUUCAUCUACCAUGGAUAUACAAGGCGCUACAUCAAUGACCUUUUCUGGCAAAGAAGAUCUCACGGAUGAGACACCAGGAGUAGAUUCUCAUUUAAAAUCUGAUGCAUCUUUCAGUGUUAACAGAAGUUCUGAACUAGAUAUGCUCUCUGUUCCAGUAGAUUUACAGCAGGAACAGCUGUCUGGAAUUGAUUCUCAUAGUAGUUCUCCUUUGUUGGAUAAAGAGAUGACCGGUGAAGGAUGCUGCUCUCCUUCAAGUGAUGUUGUUGAAGUGAAACACGAUCUAGAAAUCCACGCCAAUCUUGCUCUACAUUCUUUUAUUAAUGAAACUGGAGACGAACUGGAUGUUGCUGUACAAGUGGAACCAGAGGUAGGAGCUCAUGCUGAUGAUAACCAAGAUAUUCCAUGUUGUUCAACUAGCGAAAAGGAUGAUUCCCUUAUGGGCAAACCUGUUCUAGUUCAGGAGUCAGAAGUUUUUGCCUUCGGUGAAUUUGAUUCUCCAAUCGUUCCAUUAUCUUCAAUUGAUGACAUUGAAGACAAUCAAGACUCUGCUUCGAGGACUUAUGUUCAAACAGAACAAGAGUCAGAAUGCUGCACCUCAGGUGAACUUGAUUCUCAAACCACUCCAUCCCCUUUGCUUGAUGAGAAGAUUGACAAACUGGACGGCCCUCCUUUGAGCAAUGCUGCCAUGCUGGAUCAGGAAUCAGAAGUUUGUGUUCCAAGUGGGCUUGAUUCUCGAAUCGCUCUAUGUUCUUCAACUGAUGAGAAUGUACAUGAAUUGGAUCAUCCUCCUUUGAGCAGUUCAGUUUUAAUCAAUCCUGAGUCAGAAGAUCAUGUGUUGGGUGACACUAGUUCCAAGGUUACUAUGUGUUCUUUAGUUGAAGACAAGAUUGAUGAAUCCGAAGAUCCUCAACCAAACCAUAAUUUUCCUGAGGUACGGCAGGAAGCUCUUGCAUCCCCUGAAUUAGACUUUCAGGUUGCUCCAUGUCCCUUGAAUGAUGAUAAGGUUGGUGAAAUAGAAGGGCCUCCAUCGUGCAAUGGCCGGGUGGAAUCAGAAAAGGAAUCUGAUUGCUCAAUUGAAUCUGAUUCCCAAAGUGCGCCAUGUUCUUCAAAUUCACCAGUACUAGCUGACACAGGAGUAUUGACUUCUCCUGUCAUGCCUAAUAAUGAGGAAAUGAAUCAGUUGUCUCCUGGUCCGCCACCCGCUGUACAAUUUCAAAAUGAUUCCUACGAAGAUCCUCAAGCUCAAGCACCACCCCCUCUCCCUCCCCUCCAGUGGAGGCUUGGUAGGCCUCGGCUAGGGCUUCUAAGUAGAAAAAGCUCUAUGCCUGAGCCUGCAAGGAGCAUAGAUCCUGUUUUCCAGGCAUCAAACCAAGACAUGGAUAUCAGGCUAGGUUUGCUUGAUCAACCAGAUAGAUCAAUAGAACCAGUAUCCUCUCAAGCGACCGAAGAAGAUACGCAUCAGAGUUCUUUGUUAGACGGUAGUGAUCAAAAUGUAGAAGUUGGAUUGUCGACCAGUGUCACAGUAACUGGUGUGGCAAGGACUGAACACUAUUGGCCAUUCUCAGAAGCUUCAGAGAACAUUAAGGGACCGGAGCAUAUUUCUUCAUCAUUUAACAGAAAUCUGGAUGCUGGGGUCACAUCAGCAACAGCUGACGAGGAACAUCUGGAUGAUUCUGGGGUGACACAUGGAGCAGUUUUAUACUCAUCAGACCCGCUGCUUCGAUUACCUGCAGAUGAACAGCAGGAACCUCAACUGUGCACCUUAUCUUCAGAUACUCGAGAAACUAGUGUGCAUCCCAGCCGUAUGCAUCCAGGUGCAUCUGAAAAUGAUAAGUCAACAGAUGCUGCUGGUGGCAUGGAAAGCACCUCAACAAAGGGACCUGAUUAUGAAAAUAGUUUUUACCAGCAACCUCAGCAUGUUGAAUCGUUCUCAAAGACUUCAGAUUAUGGAGAGCAUAUUACAAAUGCAUCGGUGGAGGGUGUAAAACAUCAGUCUGGUACAAGCGAGACACUUUCAGACCCAGCAAAGCAUUCUGCACCAGGCACAUUGUUGAAAGAUGGGAAUAGCAAGGGGAGUCAAAUUUUGCAGGAACAAAAUGUGGGUAGUUCUCAGGACAAUAAGUCAGGAGGCCCAUUGCCCAGCUCGGAAUCAAUGGCAUCUGAAGAUUAUCGACAUGAUGAAUAUAAUUUGGAGAGAGAAAAUAGACACCCGCCUAGCAACCCAGGCCCACUAGUGGCAUGGCCUGGUGAUAAAAAUAACUUCUUCAGUGGCCUUGAUGAAGCUAGCUUUGCGCAUGCUGAGCAACCACCUGUGAUGGGAUGGACUGUUGGGCCUCAGAUGAUUCAUCCUAAGUAUGGUAUAUCAGCAGAAGAGAGCCAAUUUGAGCCAAAUAUCACCGACAAUCAUUUAAUCAAGAAGCCUAUUUCAAUUAAAAACAUCCCAAGGAAUCCACUGGUCGAUGCUGUUGCUGCUCAUGAUAGAAGCUCGAUGCGAAAGAUUUCAGAGCUUGCACCAUCGGCUGACAAGCCGAAGCCCACCGAGAGAAAUCUGUUGCUAGAGCAGAUAAGAAACAAGACCUUCAACCUGAAACCGGUGGCUCCUUCUCAGCCAACAGCCAUGAGAUCCCCUGCUAGAGCUAAUACUAGAAACUUGAAGGUUGCUGCAAUCAUAGAAAAGGCAAAUGCCAUCCGACAGGCGGUGGGAAGUGAUGAUGAAGACGCAGAUAGUUGGAGUGACGCCUAGACGCCCAUCUGUUCCCCUCUCGGUGUUCAUCAAGGACAUCGUGGACAGGUUGGGGUUGCACAGCCAUGUCAUUUUUUGGUUAGCAAUGGUAGUCUUGUGUAUAGUAUAUGCUCAUAAUCUUCUUUCUUUCUUUCUUUUCAUUCUUCUCUUAUUCUUUCGGCCGAUUAUCUGUAUACUUGCCUCUCCCAGCAGCAAAGGCUGUUGCAGUGGACAUGAUCCGGAGGAGAGCAUGCAUAUUCUUCAGGUCUAUGUAAAUUUAACAGUUCUAGUUAAACACGUCUAUCUACUGGGGAGGAUUAUGACA